GCUUCCGGUUCCGGUAGCAAAACGACGAAACACACUGAUCAGUGACGAAACACUACUCUUCGCUGUGCGGUGUGCGGGUUGUCUUCUCGGCAAGUGAACAGUGAUAUUUUCCGGAUAAAGCAGAGAGGAUUUCGAAUCCACGCCCUUUUCGUUAGAGAUGGAGUGUCUAAUGGGAGUCGUCUUCAAGGACUUUGCACUUCUGGCGGCCGACAAAACGUCCGGGUACAGCAUUAUUGUACUGAAGCACGAUGAGGACAAGAUCCACAAGCUGAGCGACAACCUGCUGAUGGCGGUCUGCGGGGAAGCCGGAGACACCGUACAGUUUGCGGAGUUUAUUGCCAAGAACAUUCAACUCUACAAGAUGCGGAACGGCUACGAGCUGUCUCCCACUGCGGCAGCCAACUUCACUCGGCGUAACCUCGCCGACUACCUUCGUAGCAGGACGCCAUACUCGGUGAACCUCUUGCUCGCCGGCUUCGACAAGCAAGCCGCACAGCCAGAGCUGUUCUACAUGGACUACCUGGCAACCAUGGCAAAGGUGCCGUACGGAGCCCAUGGCUACGGUGCAUUCUUCCUCAUCUCUGUCUUGGACAGAUACUACAGGGAAGACAUGAAUGAGGAGGAAGCUGUGGACCUCCUCAAGAAGUGUGUUUUCGAGGUUCAGAAGCGGUUCUUGGUCAACCUGCCAGCAUUCAAGGUUCAGGUGGUGGACAAGAAUGGCAUUCGCACUUUGAAGGACAUCUCCGUUCUGCCUGAGGGCCAGUAGUGAUAUAGUCUCCUUUUUUUUUUUUUCGUCUCGACUAUCUUUAAGGCUACAAUAAAAGCUUUUUUUUAAUA